CCGCGUGACGGCAGGACGUGUUUCUCGCUAGAUUGGCGCGCUUUCGCACUUUUCCGCUUUUAUUUCGCUUUUCGCCUCCCAAUGCUCACUCUCUUCACCGCCCAAUGCGUUAUUUCGAAUCGUUUAAAGGCUUCUAGUGCUUCCUAAUAGAUUACCUUUGCCGGCGUAGCGUUAAGCCUUGAGUUGUGACCAGCUGUUCUUCUACGGAGACCUGGAUCCAGUGAGAACCUGAAAACAGUAUUGGGCCGUGGAAGCCGGUUUUGCCAGUGACAACUUGUUCCGUGGAAUGUAAACAAAGCUGUUUGUGGGAUUCGCGAAGAAAUUCCCUCCAGCCCAGCUCAGAGUGCAAUUGUGUCGUCCUAGUGGACCGCAACAGCAGUGAAGUGACUCCGCCUAGCGGAAAUAAAUUACCUCGUAUGGAGAGGGAAUAGCCCAACUAGUUGAACCUAGCCAAGCCAAGUGUCCGCGUUUAUGUGUACUAUGGAUUCUGAUUACUGUUAUUAUCGUUUCAAUUAGAUCAAUUUGCGCGCCGACUUCUGUUGUAUUGUUGGAUCUUGUUGUUGUGUUGAGCUGCAGUGUGUGUUUGCCCUCGUCGUAUAUCUCCCUCAUAGGUCUCGGAGACCCAGCCAGUAAGCCAGUGUUGUGAUGCAUAAUUGGAAAAUUGGUGUUUAUGGUACAAGUAUGUUUACCUAAAAACCAGCAAUAGCGAACAAAUCUAUCCGCAUGGCGAGUCGAUCGACCGGCGGCAGCAGCGUUGUGUGAGAAAAUCUCUGAACAAUUCAGUAUUUGGAGGUUGUACCAGCCGACCCUUUGCGGUCUGUGUUUACGUAGCUGGCCAAGGUGAAACUUCGCAGCAAUCUAGUUGAAGUUCAAUAUAGUAAUAACAAUAAUCUACUACAAGCCGGCCAGCAGCGGUGCUGCGUGCAGACCGAUUAAUGUGCAGUGAUUAAGAACCGUUUUGCUCUCAAGUUCUCAAAUCCGUCGAUUAGUGCCGCGCCCGGACAAACUAAGCCGGGAAAAGCUCGCAUUGCGCAUUCAUGCUGAACAAGCGCAGUUGGGCGGCGUGGCGCGGCGGCGAACGAAUCAUGUGUUAACGAGCCGAUAAAGCUAUUCUACUUUGUUGUUGAGGUGUUUUGACGAGCGCGCGUGCGUGAUAUCGGAAGCGCCACCGCAGGCCGUCGGCAGACUGUUGACGCGCGAGAGAGAAGCAAGCAUUGCCAUUGUGGUGUUAAAAUGCCGCCGCGAGCUGUUUGGCGCCUCGAAUGAUAUGCUCAAUGACAGAAGAGAGAACGCGACGCGGAAUUGUUGAAAGGAUAUUUAUCUGGAAAUGCAGAUACUAAUACAAAACCGGAAUAAAUCAUCAUGCUCAGCGUAACACACGGAGCUCAAUCAUAUGUUUAUUCAGGUCGUCAAUCCAUAAUAUCUUCCCAGCAUUGCCAUAAAGUGAACUGCACACUCUGUCAAAACUCUUCCAACAGACUGCUCAUCGCUAUUUGAGAAAUGUGAUUACUUGAAAUUUAACAGAAGCUCAUAGUGAACAACACUCACCCUGAAUAGCGCAAGAAAAGCAAAGAAUCGACAAACAAAUAGCAAAAAAGGCUUAACUCCACCAAGCCGUCGGGCAUCAUCGAGUCUCAAGUGAAGUGAACCCGUGAACCAACAAACCUUUUCGUCAGACACGGACACGGAGGACAGAUACAGUCACACUCUCCAACCGUGUAGCGAGAGCACUUAAUUAUGUAAAUAAAUUUAUAAUUAUCCAUUAAGGCCAGUAUUAAAGUUUAGUUAGUGUUGUGCAGCAGCAGCAGCAUAUCCACAAAACAGCCAGUUGUAGAGUUUUUAUCCCUGUCACCGUCCAAGUGUCGAGAGCGUGUCAACUUACAACUUGCUCUAUGUUUAAAUAUUGUUUUACCACUAAAAAUCUGCAGAAGAAAACAGCGAACGCGAAUUGAGCAUGCAAAGCAACAAGUACCAAGCUUUUGAGAGAGGCCCGACCAGUUAGGCUCCCCACCCAGUCCGUCAGUGGAAAUGUGCGAAAACAGCGAACCAUAAAUAAUUAAUGAAACGUUAAUGAGAGCUAUUGGGCCAUAAAAGGUAGCCGCGUGUGUGAAAGCAAAAGUGACACUUCCGUUUGACGACUAGCGCCCGGCCUUCCGCAAACUUGGGCACUACAUUAGCGGUUGCUCGGUUCUAGGUUGCUGUCAGUCCAGUCACGAUUGUCACGUGCCGUACUGCUGCUGCCUGAUUAGCACCCCGCUGGAAUAGCAGAAUAUUUAAAUGCUAAUAAUUAAUGUAGCCGACCAGGCGAAGAAAAGAAAACAAGGAGUUGCCGGGUAGAACUAGCUCCCCUGUACUAAUUAAGUGGCUAGACCCAAGCGUCGAACGGCUUCCUCCACUACAUAUCCACCGUCCUAGAGACACUUAUUGAAAAGGGGUCACAAAGCUUGCUAACUCCGGCCAAUCCGCGUGCCGCUGGGGGCCUAGAAUAGAAUUUCCAAGUGCAAGUGCAAGUGCAAGAGAACGGAAGAGUUGUCAAGUUGAAAGGUGCCCGAGCUGCACAGAAAACUAGGGCUUGGCCUUCUGGAUUAUGCUGUCAGCAAGCUACUCGGUCAACUCGGCUGGGGCGCAGGCGGGCGGUUCGUGUGAUAGUUGUUAAGGUUGCGACGGCCGCGCAGCUAGUUAGUACCGGUGCCAAACGCUAACGCGCGACCAGAUUUGCAGUGAUUGUGUUUUAACGUUCUGUUUUUUUCCCCGCCGUUCGUCCGACCACCUCAAGAACCUCGACUUGCUGAUAAGUGACUGCUGCCGUGCUGGUGAUAUUAUUACCCGGUAACUGUUAGUGGGGUGUGUGCCGAGAGUGUAUGCCUGAGCCGUGAACAUUUAGUGUUUGGUGAUUUGUGGUCGCUGUGCCAGUUAGAUAGUUAGUGGUCAACCUGAGAUCGGACCCCAGUCAACCGCCAAGCCAAGACGACGACGACGACGACAACGGCAAACGACUGCUCUACUGUUUACAAAGGAGAAGGAUUAUCAUUUUGAUACGGUGUACUGGAAUUUUAAUGGUUUACAUGAAUGGACUCGGAAAUGACCCUCUGUCUGCGAAGGAGGCAGAGGGCCCGCCAGUCCAGCUGGAACCGGUUGAUCUCAGCGUUCGUUCACCACCAAAAGAUAGCACCGCAAAAUCAGACUGCAGUUUGCGCGUUCGCAGUAACAGUAUACUCAAAAGGCCACCGCCACCGCUCAUCUCCGCACCACACCUGUUAGCGUUAAGGCACAAAACGAAAGACUUAUUGCUCUCAAUCACCAACAACAAUGCCAGUAAACCCCCUCACUCGCCAUUCACCGCCAGUCAACUGUUCUCGUCGCUCUGCGGCAGCACCAUCAUCAACAACAAUAACAACGACGACGAGGACGUCGCCUUAGCCAAUAACAAUAAUAACACAAUUAGUAUUAACAAAAAUAACAACUACCUUAGCGAUGAGUCGAAAACAAGUACCUUCCGUGAAACGUAUCCUAUGUAUAACUAUUGUGUUCAGCAGAGUCCUACGCAACUGUUUCCACCCUUCGGGCCCGGAGCCUUCAGCCAUCACCCGCAUCAUACCCACCCACAUCAUCCGCAUGCGGAUAUCGCGCGCCAUUCGCCACCACUUUCCUUCCUGGAUCUCCAACAGCACCACCAUCACAGCCACCCGCAGCAGGUCGGAUUACCGCAAUCGUCCCCGUUGCAACCCGUGCCAGUACUAAGUUCCAAGCUGAUACCGCCACACCCGUUGGCGGCAUCGAUAGCUAGUCUCGCAUCCAGCCUGCCCAAAAACCACCCGCUGAGUGAGUCGGCCACGGCGGCCGCCGCAUUUCACCGCCUGUUGCAACCGUCCCAGUCGGCGACGGGAAUGGUCGCUAGUACGGCGGCAGCUGCCGCUGCGGUGGCCGCCAGUCGAGCCCUUCUGGAAGCGCAGUCUCACAGUUCCAGUCCUGAUCGGAUCAAGUCGGAGCGGAUCGAUUUCUCCCUGUCUCCUCGGCCACCACCUGACUUGGGUGGGAACGGUGGGGAGCCGGGCAAAAGUGGGACGACCAAAAACCGAAAGAUCCACCGAUGUGAUGCAACGGGGUGCGAUAAGGUGUACACUAAAAGUUCCCACCUGAAAGCGCAUAAGCGCACGCAUACAGGUGAAAAGCCAUACAUCUGCACCUGGGAAGGCUGCGUGUGGCGCUUCGCUCGGUCCGACGAGCUGACGCGACACUACCGAAAGCACACCGGACUCAAGCCGUUCCGCUGCAAGCUGUGCACACGUUCCUUUAGCCGUUCGGAUCAUCUGUCGCUCCACAUGAAGCGACAUUGAGUUUGGUAGGGGUGCUGAACCGUUGAACCGAUGUGGUCCAAGACAGAGGUGUCGGACAACACACCAUAAGGAGAAGAUCAAUUUUGGACAACCAUCGUAACUAAUUCCGUCCAAACGCACUUCAAACGAAAAACUUUCAAACAAAUUUCAGUACAUACAUGGUUAGUUUCUUCCGAGCAGCACACAUGAUUCAAAUAGAUUGUUGUACGCUAAGUCUGCCCUACCCAAAUUUGCGUACAAUCCGACUCAUUUUCGUUAAAAAUGGAACAACCAGUAAAUUCAGUAAUAACUAAAAACAAUUACAAAUGAGCUUUGUCAGGAUUCUGUACCAUAAUUUUGUAUAGUACAACUAGUGGAAAACAGUAUUGAAUAAUAUUGUUUACUCAAUGAUUGAUUUGGUUGAUUUAUUUUUUAUAUUUUCGUUAUAAAUAUAUAAAAUUUCAUAAAACGUAUUCUACACAAUUUUGGGUAGGUCAAGCUUAGCGUGUUUAACUUAUGAUCAGAUUUAAUCGCAACAACCAAAUUUGCUUUAAUUACGUGCUACUUGAGUUAUAGAUUUUUAAAGGUGUACAGAAUAUCAAAUCAUUUGGUUGAAAUGCGUAAAUAGAGCGUAAUGCUCAAGUCCUUCUUCUCCAUUAUGGUUUUCACAUUGGUAAUCGUAUUGUAACUUGGAACUAUUCACCAAAAAUAAACCCCCAAUCCGAUUGUCAUCAAAUUUUUAGGAAAUGACAAACAAUACAAUCUUGGGUAACGUAUAAUUAUUUAAAAAUAUUUUCUAUAAACAUUCAAAUUCCCCAACUUUCUUCUAAAAUGCACUCAUAAAGAUUUAUACAAGACCUGAGCCGAUGUUUUUCUGCUCUCUACCUUUCUCGUCAAAUUUUUAGCUCGUUCUAAUGUCUCAGUCGAUUUUCCAACUUUCCCAACGAACCCAUUUUUUUAUUCUUUUAACUAUUUUUAAAAUCCAAAACAAAAAAGUAAAAAAGUGCUGCUGUGGCCUGAACAAUGUUCCUAUUAUUGACCCAGAUUUUGGGUGGAUAUCAAUCCAAAAUUAGAUUGCAUCACUUCUUAGAUUUUAUUUAAAUUUUAAUUUGAACAAAGUUUUCAAAAUAUGGGCUCUAUAAGAAAGUUAAUUUUCAAUAGGUCAAAUAAUCGAUAUUAACGGAAAAAAAUCAAUUCAUUAUUAUAAUAUAAGGCCGUUUCAAAUAUUUAAUUAACAUUUUGUCCUACUUGUCUCCGAAAGGUCAAGGGGGGGGGGGAAUAAUAAAAAUUAAAUAUUAAAAUGAAAAAAAUCAAAAAACUCAUCGGUUUUCGGUAAAGAAUGUUUUGAAAAUCCUCAAAGUUAUCCGAAUUUUAUUUUGUUGCCCCCUAAAAUAUUAUUUUUUGGCAAAAAAAAUCCAAGGAGAGAGAGACAAAAUAGUUUUUAAAUAUUUGUAUCGGCCUAAUUAUGUUCCGAGGAAACAACUUUUGAAUGCUUACAAAGUUCGAGAUUCAUCCUAGCCCACUAUAUUUCAAACGACCGCAACACCGGUGUGCUUGGGAAAAAUUGGCACGAAAUUGAAUUCAUCUUUGUCGAAGGCAGAAUAAUGUCGGUUCUGGUCUUGCACAAAACUUAAUUAAAGUGAAUUUAAGAGGAAUAUUCGAGCAUUCAAAUGCAUUAAAAAAAAGAGUGAAAUACUUCGUAGGUAAACCAAGCUAAUAUAUUAUAUUAAGAGACUUAUUUUUGGCGAGUAGUUCUAAGCAAUGCCAUUUGACUGAGGACACAUUUUCAUAUUCAUUUGGCCAAAAUAAAGUUGUUUGCCUAUAUUUAGUUUAAUAUGAAGAAUGUGUACAAGCUCCGUUUAAGUCACUCACCAAUGUUGUCUAACAUUAUAUUGCUCCAACAUCAAUAUCUAAUAGAAAUAAUUCAGACCAUCAUCAGAUUGUCCCUCACAAAAUCCAUAUUUAAAAGUACUCGCGUUUUCAAGGGCACACCACUCAA